AUGUACGUCUCCAUCACUUGGUCGUCAGUUGAAGCGUGGGGUACUAACCCAAUCAGCAUCGUGACCCGGGCGGACGAGAUCAAAACGGUCUUUAGGGACUCGGGAGAUCACCAGAAAGCCUUUAACCUCAACGGAGGGUGGGUGAUGGGCGACCUGGUCGGUGAUGGUGUGGGCCUGAUCAGCCAGGGCCAUUGGAAACGCGUUCAUGCGAUAGUUUCACCCCCAUUUACCCAGAAGGCUACCACCUACGUUUCUUUCGUACAGUCGCGGGUGGUGCGACAGUUUCACGAGCUUGACGGGGAGCAUCCAGAUGAAAAGGAAUGGCGGCUGAAGCCAGCCGAGGACCUGAAGCUGCUACCUUUCUGGGUCAUCAGCGAUCUCCUAUACGGAGAACUAGCUCCAGAGAUGGUGCGCGAACUCCUUGAAAUCACCGACCUACGGAACGAUGUGUUCCAGUAUGCUUUCAAGGGCGGCCUUUCGCUCUUCUCAUUCACCAAAGUCUUCUCGCCGACUAUCCGGGCAAAGCUUCGUGUCUUUCACACACGAUGGGCGGAAUUCAACCGGCGCGCGUACCAUCGCGCCAGAGCAAGUGGCCAGAGCUCCUCCGCCUGUGCGAUCGUGCCUUUAUACGCAGCCGUCGAGAGCGGCCAUCUCACGCCCACAGAGCUGAUGCACACGCUCGACGAGGCGCUCUUCGCCAACAUUGACGUCACUAUUGGCAGCUUCUCUUGGAUCCCGUCCUUCCUCGCCGAAGACAGCGCUUGCCAGCAGGAGCUACGAAGGGAGAUUGCGGAGGCCCGGUCAGAUGGCUCUGACGAUUCAUGGGCGCGGUACAUUGCCAGCAGUUCCACCCUGCUGGCGAGUUGUAUUAAUGAGUCGGCCCGUUUGCGCCCCGUCACCAAUUACACAUAUCCCCAGUCGAUCCCCACAGAGCGAGAUGUGGGAGGAUUCCGUCUUCCCAAGGGAACCCACGUUGUCGUUGAUACGAAUGCUUUGAACAUUCGGGACGAGUCCUGGGGGCCGAUCGGACGCGCUUCCAGCCACGACGUUUUCUGGCCGAAUCCCGCGCCAGUUUCCGCUAUCGCUUCUGGCGCUUCGGUGCUGGUGGCGUACACCGUCGAGCAUUAUCAUCUUCGGUCCCCGGAAAAAUCGACGACGGACGACUUGGCGGCCGCGAAACGAGGAGACGCAUGGUUCAAGGUUGCAGAGCAGGAGAUUGUCUUGGAGUCUUUGUGA